GUUACUGGUAACACGUACAGCGACAGGUAGGCGACAUAUCCAGGUGGGACACGCACCAGUGAACAGCUGAAAAAGAGUCUUCAUUUAACAAUUCCAGAGGACUGCUUCCCCCUCCUUUUAAUCUCUAUUAUACACUUCUGUGUCGUUUUCUCUGAAUUAAUUGACAAAGAACGUUACUAAUCUCUUGGCGACAACGGCCUGCAGGUGCACCUCGGAAAACAGCCUGAGGGAAGUUUCAAAACUACCAGAGGUCGAAGGAAAUAAAAAAAAGACAGAGGAGUUCAGGUGGACGAGAAGAAGUAGAUAGGUGUUUGUUCGUUUUUUAGUUUUAAUUUUGUCGCAGGUGGCAAACCCUGAUGGAUUACAUGGAUAGUGGACUGAGAUACACCCCAAACUCGGACAAAGACUGGGACACGUCUGUCCAGUUCCUGCCAGCCUCUGAUAACAAAAAGCUUGAGAAGAAAAAGGGUCCGGGAAAAAUUGGGGCUGUGAUCGGUGUGGUCAUCUUCGCUGCCGUGGUUGCGCUUAUGGCUGGACUGCUAGUCUGGCAUUUCCACUUCCGUAAAGAUGUUCGUAUCAAGAGGAUGUACAGCGGCUCCAUGCGGAUCACCAACCAGGUGUUUGAAGAGGCCUAUGAGAACUCCAACAGCUCAGAGUUUAAGGCACUGGCAAGGCAGGUGAUCACACAGCUCAAAACCAUUUACUCCAAGAGUCCACAACUGGCUAAAUACUACGUGGGUUCCACAGUUCAAGCUUUCAGUGAAGGAAGCGUAAUUGCUUACCACCUCUCUGAGUUCAACAUCCCUUCAGGCCAAGAGGCAGCCGUCGACAGCGCCAUGGCGACAGUGGACAGGCUCGUGGAAAAAGAGCAGCGUGCGCUGAAUAGACCUGGCAACGCUCUGGUCCUUGAUGAUGUGGUGUCUGCAGCACUGGAUACCCGUCUGGUUUCUGGAUCGUUCAGCAGAUUUUUGAAGUUUUCCGAACACACAAGGUCCAAUUACAUCGGGCAGAUCCAAUCCCCCGGCUUCCCCAACAGUCCGUAUUCCUCCAACACCUUCAUCCAGUGGCAGCUGAGAGCCGACCCAAACUACGUCAUCAAGUUGGACUUCGACACCAUGAACCUGGAGGACGACUGCAGGAACGAUUUUGUCAAAAUCUACGACUCCCUGGUGGCCAUCGAGAGUCGCGUUAUGGAGGAGAUGUGUGGAUACUAUUCACCCAGUGAACAACUCACAUUUCUGUCCUCUGGUAACGUCAUGCUGGUGACUAUGGCCACGAAUGAUCGAGAAAAUUACCCAGGGUUCAGAGCAAAAGUGUCACAAGUCCGCCGUGGAACUAAAGGCACCACAUGCGGUGGUCAGCUAACUGGCCAAAAGGGCACUUUCUCUUCCCCCAAUUUUCCAAAUUACUAUCCUCCUCGUCUCACAUGUCAGUGGUCAAUUGAGGUCCCUGCUGGCAAGUCAGUGAUGUUGAAAUUCAAAAAGUUCCUCCUGUCUGAGCCCGGGCAGGACAGCAGCAAAGGCUGUUAUAAAGACUACGUGGAGGUCAAUGGAAAGAAAUUGUGUGGCGAACAACCUGAUGGAGUAUUAACAGAAACGAGCAAGUCAAACACAAUGUCCGUGGUGUUUUACUCUGAUUCCUCCUACGUGGACCGAGGCUUUGACGCCGAGUUUGAGGCCAUCGAUGUAAAAGACCCUUGUCCAAAGCAGUUCCAGUGCAACAACCAGCGUUGCAUUAAAUCUGAACUCCAGUGCGACGGCUGGAACGACUGUGGAGACAUGAGCGAUGAGUUAAAAUGCAAGUGCCGCUCGGAUCACAUCAGUUGUAAAAAUGGACUGUGUAAGCCGUCGUUCUGGAAAUGUGACGGUAUUGAUGACUGUGGUGACGGCACAGAUGAGCUCGACUGUGGUGGAUGCAAAUCUGGACAAAUCGCUUGUAGGAAUAGCAAAUGUGUCUCUGAGAAGAAUCGCUGUGACGGUAAGGACGACUGUGGGGACGGAUCGGACGAGCUCGACUGUGGCAGAGGCUCUGCAGACACUGACACACGCUGCAGUGAAGUAACCUAUAAAUGUAAAAACAACAAGUGCAUCAGCAAAGUGAACCCAGAAUGUGACGGCACACGGGACUGCGAGGACGGGUCAGAUGAGGAAAACUGCGACUGCGGGAGGAGCAUGUUUAAGACAUCGCGUAUUGUGGGCGGUCAGGACACAGAAGAAGGGGAGUUUCCCUGGCAGGUCAGCCUCCAUGUGAAAGGUUACAGUCAUGCGUGUGGAGCUUCCAUCAUCAGUCCACGCUGGCUGGUCACCGCCGCUCACUGUGUGCAAGAUGACGGCAAGACAAGAUACUCUCAGCCCGGCACGUGGGAAGCUUACCUCGGCCUCCACACCCAGCGCAAGAUUGGAGGUGCGGUGGUGAAGAGGAACCUCAAGCAGGUCAUAUCCCACCCCAACUACAACGCAUACACUUACGACAACGACAUUGCCCUGAUGGAGCUCGACAGUCCAGUCACCUACUCUGACUAUAUCAAGCCCAUCUGCUUACCUGCUCCCCAACAUGACUUUCCGACUGGUAACACUGUGUGGAUCACAGGGUGGGGUGCCACUCGAGAAGGAGGAUUUGCUGCAUCAGUGCUCCAAAAGGCCCAGGUCCGAAUCAUUAACCACUCUGUGUGUGAUAAACUGAUGGGAGGGCAGAUCACCUCUCGGAUGUUGUGUGCUGGAGUGCUGACCGGAGGAGUCGAUGCUUGUCAGGGAGACUCCGGCGGUCCUCUUUCCAGUCCAUCCGGCAGUCGCAUGUUCCUGGCCGGUGUGGUGAGUUGGGGCGAUGGCUGCGCCCGCAGGAACAAACCUGGUAUCUACACAACUGUCACCAAAUUCCGUGGGUGGAUCAAAGAAAAGACGGGAGUUUAGACGACUGUGAAAUGGUCUGACAAGGCCAAAUGUAAGGACAUGAACACAUGCUGAUGAGGAGGCAUCAUACAGAUUGUUGCCUUGAAAGAACACUGAUUUGUUUUUGGGAUUCUUGUCAACAGUCAAUGUAGUGGCCCCCCAACUCCUUGUCUGGCUGGAAUGGAAAAUUGUUUCAGGAGCAAUUGCAACACUUUUUCCACUGCAGUUUUUAUGGGCAGGGUUUAUGAAAUGUGUAAAUAAGUCUGUUAUUUUUGUGAUGAAUUGUUGUUUUUUGUUGUUGCUGUUUUUAGUUUCUUUUAAUGGAGAGCGAAUGUUAGGUGGUGCACAGUAAAUAGAUUUCAGUUGUGAUCGUGACACUCAUUUGAAAUAUGCAUCCUUUUACUCUGUUGUUUUAUGGAAAGAAAAAAUAAUAAUUUUUCUUACUGUCUUUGUUUUAAAUUUUAUGAAUUGAAAACUAAAUGACAGCAAGCUCCUUCCAUCUUACCUCCUAUGGCUUGGUAUUUUAUGCAUUUUAUAAUUGAUUUUUAGUCCAGCAAAAAUCUCUGCCUGCCACUGGCCUCCUCAAUAUGGACGGUAUUUUACCUUUUGAAUGCUUUUCUAUUGGCAUAAAACACAGAGUAAUGUUAUGGGUUUUGUUUGAGUUGAAUCGUUCGUGUUAUUAUUAUGCAAAUGUGACCUUUCACCCUAAUAUUAGAACGUCUGUCUUUUUAAAUCUGUGUAAAUGUGUACAUGAGAUGUUUUUUAAAUAAAAUAUUUCUAAUAUAACUUCCAGCCUAUGUUACAUUUCUCUUUUAAUAAUGUUUUAAACAAUACAUUUCCAUUGCAUCUAAAAUAAACUUAAAUAGACAUAAAUAUUUAAAGAUUGUUUUAACUCUUUUCAAAAGCAUCCAAUAUAUAAUAAACAAUCAACUUGCUCAUUAUUUUUGGCUUCAUUGUAUAUACAUAUAGCAACAAAUGCAAAGAAACUGACCGUAUGUAACACCUUUUAAAAAUUCUGAUCUGUACAUAUACCUCAACACAAUCUCAAAUUUAAGAAGCCCUAUUAAUGUAUUACAAUUCUACAAUUCUUUACAACUGAAUGUUAGACUAUUUUUUUAUAUACAGAAUGUGUGUUAUGCUAUUCUUGUUUUCUGUGUGAUAAUACUAUGUUUGUUAUUGUGUGGUUACCAAUAAAGAUUUAUUAAAA